CUCGGCAAGAUACGAUGCAAAUGACCAAGUGGGAAGAGGUCGCGGACGAGACAGGCCGGAGCUACUACGUCAACCGGGUCACGGGCGAGACGCAGUGGGAGGCGCCACCACCGCACGAGCUGCUCGCGACGACCGACGACGAUGAAAUCUUUGUCGACGCUGCCUUGCUGGCGCGGGCGCUCGCCAUCCGCCAGCGACUGGUCGCGGCCGCGCCGCUGCAGUCGCCGACGCAUUGGAUUCGCAUGUUUGACCCGACGCGACACGAAGCGUACUACUUCGAUUGCGUGGCUGGCCGGCUGCAAUCGGCGGCGCCCGAACACCUCGUUCUCGACGACGCGCUCGCGGCUUGGUGGCUCACGCUGCAGUGCGCACUGCGCUCGGCGCUCGCCCGCCGGCGAGUGGCCUACAAGCGACUGCAGCGGCGGUACCCGAUUCUGCCUCGGCCACUUGCACUUUUGUCUCUGGCCUUGGAGACUGAGAGCCACCGGGAGGCUGACGAGCGGCGAGGGCUCUUGCACGCAGAGAAGGCGCAGUGCUCGCAGAGCGACCGGUUCUGGGGCCUUGACCAACGCAUUGUCGAGAUUCGCCGGCAGCUCGUGGAGGAAAGCAUGCUGCGCGAAGCCGAAGAGAUGCGUCGCAAGCUCAACGAAAACGCCCGGCGACGCGAAGACAGCUUGCGCAAGGCGGCCGAAGAGCAGGAGCGGAAGCGCCGGUCAGAAGACAGUUUGAUCGAAACCCACGAGCGCCAAGGCAUGCAGCUCCAAGAGCUACUGCAGUGCAAAGUCGACACGUUUUGGGGUGUUCAAAAGCAAGAGAAUGACGAGCGGUGCUGCCAAGACCAAAUGCUGCUCGAAGAUGCAGCGUCAGCACGCUAUGCACAGGACCUACUGGAAGCCCAGCUGCACGCGCGAUGGGCGUUGGACGCGGCGCGGGCCCUUGAAAUGGAGAAGAAGAAGCGGCUUGGUGAAGAGAUCAAGUUUCAAAAGCAGUACCUCAAGCUCUUUCAGCGGGCCACGACGUCGCAAGUUGUGAUCCGGUACCGCUGGCCAACGCUGCAGGUCGUCGAGCUCGCAACCAAGCCCAAGGUUGCUACGGAGGAUAGCGCGUACAGCCUCGACGUGGUCCUCGACCCGGUGCGGCGGGCAACACCAAAGCACACGUUUCACUCGGCGAGCGGAAGUCACACGGUGGGGCGAAAAGGCAAAUUGGAGAUUUCGCAGCCGCCGCCCUGCUUUCGGCUGGACCAGCCGAGCCCCCACCCAAAAAAGCCGCUCAACCCCAACCAACCUGCGUCGGCCAACGGUCUGCCCUUUCGCGUACCCACGAAUGCUGGCGUCGAAGCCGUCUUGGGUCGCCCCCUCGAGAAGCGCAAGAGCGUUCAGCUCCCGUCGAUGGUCAUCGCACCGAGCAACCAGCAGCCCGAGCCGACAGACACACCGCAGGUCGUCGACGACAGCAUCGACGUGGCUUCAAUCCAAGAGCAGUUUGGUCCGGAAGAAGUGGUGCUGCAACAGAUCUUUGAGCUCAUCGACACGGACCACGGCGGCACCAUCGACAAGGACGAAAUGAUGUGGGCGCUCACACGCGAUGCAGUCAUCCACAAACUCGCCAUGACCUCGGUCGUCUUUCGGGAUGUCCUCAAGAAGCGCAACCUCGAAGCGCUCUUUGAGGAGAUGGAUGCGUCCAAGACAGGCGCCGUGCCCUGGCACGUCUUCCGGUCCUACUGCGAAAAGACGUUUUUUACGCUGCAACUGGAGACAGCGCGAAAGUUGCGGCUGAAGGGACCGCAAGUGCUCUUGAGCAAAGAAGAACGCUUGCAAAAGAAGAACGACGAGUACAAGGCGCGCAAAGCCAUUUUGGAUCAAGAAGAAGCCAUUGCAAAGCUCGUGUUUGCACUCGUCGACACGGACCACAGCGGCACGAUCGAUCAGAAGGAAAUGAUGCAAGCGCUCGAGCUCAACGAACACGUGCGCGCGUUUGUCCAGCGGUCGAGCGGCCUCCAACCGCUCUUGACCAACCCGACGUUUGCCAAAGCGUUCAUUGGCAUGGCCACGGACGUCGAGAAGGGCAUGGGCCUCGACGAAUUCAUGUGCUUUUGCACGGAAAUUGCCUCGGUCGCCAUGCUCAACGGGAUGGUGCCCUCGACCUAGUUCUUUGAGCGAUAGAUAAACUUGGUAGCUUGAAAACCGUUUGUCGAUUCUUGAA